ACAUCGUUUACAAACGUGCGAGCGCAUCGCCAAAGAAAGCGGCAUUAGUAAACAAAACCUCAUCGCGGACGGAAGCAUUCUCGAGUGCCGGAAGUGGUGAACAAAAUUCAACAGAACGGAUUCGAUGUGAUAGGAAUAAGUGAACGGUGAAUGUACAACAAGGAUACGAGACUUUCCACAGACGCGUAGUGAAACGAUUUUCCGGAAAUCAUGCCUACCUGGAACCAAAUGCAAUCGCAGCUCAGGCACCCGAACAAUCCAGUGGUGUUUAUGGACAUUACCGUCGGAACUUCGGAAAUCGGCCGAAUGGUAUUCGAGUUGUUUGCGGACGUCGUUCCGAAGACUUGCGAGAAUUUUCGCCAGUUCUGCACCGGCGAGUACAAAAAGGACGGUGUCCCGAUCGGGUACAAAGGUUCCAGCUUCCAUCGGGUGAUUAAGGACUUCAUGAUCCAGGGUGGUGAUUUUGUGAAUGGAGACGGAACAGGGGUGAUGAGCAUUUACGGUAACAGUACAUUCCCGGACGAAGGAUUCCUGCUGAAGCAUGAAGCACCCGGUUUGCUGUCGAUGGCCAAUAGCGGGAAGGACACCAACGGGUGUCAGUUCUUCAUCACCUGUGCAAAGUGCAACUUUUUGGACUAUAAGCACGUCGUGUUCGGAAGGGUACUGGAUGGGCUGCUGAUCAUGCGAAAAAUAGAAAAUGUCCCCACCGGACCCAACAAUAAGCCCAAACUACCGGUAGUGAUUUCGCAGUGCGGGCAGAUGUAGACCCCUGCUGGUAGAGCUUCUCCAAUUUAUCACGUAAGGACACUUGAUUGCAAGAAUCGGACGCCCAGUUUCGAGAACCAAGACGGUAUCAAUCAUCGUCUUGGAAGCAGACAUGGGACACGACAGGCAAACAAUAUACACCAUCCAUCGAACGGAACGGCAAA